GGGUUCUAAUUACAUUCGAGACGAAAAGGUAUGGAGGACAAUCUUUUUUCCGGCAUGGCUAAUGGUCAUCGAAUUGAGGGCAAGGUUACUGAGACAUUUCAGAAAAAUUUUGUUCAAGUUCAAAAUAUUUUGGACCAAAACAGAGUGUUAAUCAGCGAGAUCAACCAAAACCACGAGUCGAAGAUCCCAGAUAAUUUGAGUCGAAAUGCAGGUCUAAUUAGAGAGCUCAACAACAAUAUUCGAAGGGUAGCUGAACUCUACGGGAAUAUUUCCAACUCUUUCGCCAAAUCUAUGGAGGCGUCGUCUGAAGGAGAAUCAGCGGGGACUAAUAAAUCCGAUGGAAUGGGUGGACAAAAGAGAAACCGAUCCGAAUUUCAAUUUGGAUAGAGAGUUUGUGGCAGAUGGAGUGUUCUUUGCUGAGCUGAACGAGGUGCUAAUGAGAGAGCUGGCGGAGGAUGGUUACUCUGGGGUGGAGGUGAGGGUCACUCCCAUGCGAACGGAGAUUAUCAUAAGGGCUACUCGAACCCAAAAUGUUCUUGGUGAGAAGGGGAGAAGAAUUAGAGAAUUGACAUCUGUUGUUCAGAAGAGGUUCAAGUUUCCAGAGAACAGUGUUGAGCUCUAUGCCGAAAGAGUUAACAAUAGGGGCUUAUGUGCUGUUGCCCAGGCUGAGUCUCUGCGCUAUAAGCUUCUUGGAGGGCUUGCUGUUCGCAGGGCCUGCUAUGGUGUUUUACGAUUUGUUAUGGAGAACGGAGCAAAGGGUUGUGAGGUUAUUGUUAGUGGAAAGCUCAGAGCUCAACGUGCUAAAUCAAUGAAGUUCAAGGAUGGCUACAUGAUAUCCUCGGGCCAGCCCGUGAAAGAGUACAUCGACUCUGCUGUGAGGCACGUUCUUCUUAGACAGGGUGUUCUUGGUAUCAAAGUGAAGAUCAUGCUUGAAUGGGAUCCAAAAGGUAAGCAGGGUCCGGUUAAACCCUUACCUGACCUUGUCACGAUCCAUCCACCCAAGGAAGAUGAUGUAUACAUCCCUCCGGCACUAGCUUCAACUGAUGUUGAAAUUCCGGUUGCAUAAAAUCUUGUUAGUAGCUGAAAUAUGAAUUAUGUAGAUAUAUAAUGUAAAAAUGAUGUCGCCUAUCCAAUUUUCUUGUUUUGCUCACGAUCGAUAAAGUCUACGUAAAGUUCUUGAUCAUAUCCUAGUGGUUGUGUUCUGUCAAUUUGUGAAAUUCUGAUUCCAAUAGGGAGAAUAAUAAUGUAUAAUAUAAUAAUAUGUUGUGCAAUAAAUUUUUGUUACCCUUA